AUGACCAACGAGCAAGCUGCCAUCCCAAGAGAUGUCAGGCUGCUGCACCUGAUAUUUGCUACUCAGAACAUCUACAGUUACCAAGAUCACGUUCCUCUUCAGCUGAUGGACUUUGCUUACAGAUACACAACAGGCACUUUGCAGGAUGCCACAAUAUACAGUGACCAUGCCCAUGCUAGCGGCUCUCAUAUUUCAAACGCAGGAAAUGCCGGCACUAAUGCCCAGCUCACCACUGAGGACAUUCGAUUGGCCAUAGCUGCUAGAACCAACUAUCAGUUCAAACCUGUUCCUCCUAAGGAAUUGUUGUUAGAACUUGCUGCCGAGCGAAAUAAGAAGCCUUUACCUGCAGUGAUUCCAACGUGGGGCAUUCGUCUUCCCCCCGAAAAGUACUGUCUUACAGGUAAAGACUGGGUACUGGAAGACGAAGAGGAGGCAGUUUCGUAUAAGAAGAGGAAGACUUAG